AGUUGCAAAGAGCAUAUGCCACGAACGAAGGCAUCUUUCUUGAAGUUAGUAAUUUUCUCGGGAUGUGCGUCUUAUUGUAAUUUUGCAAAUAUUCGGUAAACCUACUUUCUAUACGAAUCUGGGAAUAAUCUAAAAUGUAUUAACGGGCUCAAGUCUUACCUUUUAUAUAAAACCGUCAUCUCAUGUUGGGCCUUGACCCAUUAGCCUUAUAUUUCACUACCCAAAUAAAGAUUGAUAUACACACACACAGUGCCGUUUCGAGAAUCCAUAAAAGGAAACCGUGCCGUCGGCGUACCUCUUCCGACAAAAACCAAACCGUAAAUAUCUUAUUUCCCCCGUCUAUCACUUUUGGUCGGCGAUUCAGAUCGUCGCGACAACCUCAGUAGUGUUUUUCUUACUAGAGAUUUAUAUCGUUAGAUAAAUAAGCUAGGGUUUCCUGAUAUAAUCGGUAAAGGUUCUUACUUUAUGUUGGAUUCCAUCCAUAUGGGUAGGCACGAUGGUUCCUCCGAGGAAGACGAGAGAGUGAGAAGAAGUGAUAGAGAGAGAGGUCAUAGGGGUAGUAGUACUAGAGUCACAGCUGAUAAGCCUUCUCAUGAUAGGCAAAAGAGUAGGAGAGAAAGCGAGAGGAAACAAGGUCUCUUAAAGAGAGAUCGGAGGGAGAGAGACUGGUCUGAUAGUCAAAGAGGCAAGCUGAGAAAGGAAGUUAAGAGUGAAGUUGCGAAGCCCAAGUUGCCAGAACUCAACCCAUCUGAUAGCAAUGCUAUAGCUUUGGGUAAAACCGGUGGAGUUUAUAUCCCUCCGUUCAAGCUAGCACGGAUGAUGAAGGAGGUGGAGGACAAGAGCAGCGUAGAGUAUCACGGGCUGGUGAAUAAGGUUAACGCAAGCAACAUCAAGAACAUUAUACCUGAGUUGUUUGCUGAGAAUCUCAACUGCCGUUCGUGUAUGAAGUCUCAGAUGGCGUCUCCUGGGUUUACCGAUGUCUUUGCAGCUUUGGUCGCUGUUAUCAACGCCAAGUUCCCAGAAGUUGCUGAGCUUUUGUUGAAAAGGGUCGUUUUGCAGCUGAAGAGAGCUUAUAAGCGUAACGACAAGCCUCAACGGCUAGCUGCGGUGAAGUUUAUAGCACAUCUAGUAAACCAGCAAGUCCCUGAGGAGACCAUUGCCCUUGAACUAGUCUCUGUACUUUUAGAAACCCCUACUGAUGACAGUGUGGAGGUGGCUGUUGGAUUCGUGACAGAGUGUGGUGCCAUGCUCCAGGACGUUACACCAAAGGGAUUGCAUGGUUCAAAGAUAAACGUUGUGAUAUGAUUCUGUGAUGCUAGCUCAGAGGAAGAUGGGUCUGAUGAAGAAGAAGAUGAAGAACAAAUGAGAAUUAGAGACGAGACAGAGACUAAUCUUGUUAAUCUUAGGAGGACAAUAUACCUGACCAUAAUGUCCAGCGUCGAUUUUGAGGAAGCUGGUCACAAGUUACUUAAAAUUAAACUCGAACCAGGUCAAGAGAUGGAACUGUGCAUAAUGCUCCUGGAAUGUUGCUCUCAGGAGAGAACCUAUCUGCGCUACUACGGUUUGUUGGGUCAGCGUUUCUGUAUGAUCAACAAUUUCGAGAAGUGUUUCGUUCAGUAGUACUCUAUGAUUCACCGUCUUGAAACGAACAAGCUGCGUAACGUGGCUAAGUUUUUUGCACAUUUACUGGGCACAGAUGCUCUUCCCUGGCAUGUGCUUGCCUACAUUCGGUUAACCGAGGAGGAUACAACUUCAUCCUCUCGUAUCUUCAUUAAGAUCCUUUUCCAGGAAUUGUCAGAGCACUUGGGGAUUAGGCUGCUUAAUGAGAGGCUUCAGGAUCCAACAAUGCAGGAAUCACUUGAAUCCAUCUUCCCUAAAGACAAUCCAAAGAACACUAGGUUUGCAAUCAACUUCUUUACCUCCAUUGGUCUUGGAGGCAACAGAGAGUAUCUGAAGAACAUGCCACGCCUCAUCAUGCAACAACAGAAGCAAGUUGCUGAAUCAGAAUCAGGAUCCGACAGUUCUGGUUCCGAGUCUGAUUCUGACUCAGAUUCAUCGUCAUCUUCUUCUAGUUCUGAUGAAAGCGACAGAGAGAAGAGGAAGCCAAGAAGAAGAUUUUAAGAGGUUGUAUUGUUAAGUCACUUCUACCAAAAUUCUUCAGAUUUUUCAAUCUUGUUUUGGUUAUCCAACUCGAGUAAACAUGAGAGAACUCAAUGAGCAAGCAUCUGGAUCUGUUAUUGGAUAAGUUGAUGAACAAGACUACAAGAGACUACACUAGCUAGACAACUAAAGGUUGAACUGAAAAAAUUUCUUCGUUUAUUGUCAGUUAAAAAGACCCUUGUUAUUUACAAAUUGAUCUUUAUUUAUACAACAUAAGAAGUAUACAACAACAUCAUAUGUAAGCUGCAGGUUCUCCGAGCUUGUUUCAUGAUUUUUUUGUUUUGAUUUUCAAAAGCAAUGUUAACAACUCCAGUGUAAUUAUUGCCUCAGUUCCUAUUUAAACUGGUUUGCCUUUGCUCAUUUGCUUGUAACCUAUAAGAACGCUUGAUUCAAUCAUCUGUUUUAACGUGAUCCACAAAACAAAAAUGUGUGUUGCGUGUAUUGAUGAGAAUCAUGAGAUAUUUUGAGUCGUGAAAGUAUCAAAUUGUGAGGGAAUCUUUCUUGUACAUUUGUUCUUCGGAUAAGAAGGCUAUACCAUCAGUCCUUUUUAAAAAAAAUGUCGGUGUCAAUCAUCUUAAAUUU